AGAUAAAUUCCAAGUGUUUCAAGCUAAAAAUUAAGCCAAAUUAAACAAACAUACACUAUGAGCCAGAUUACAACUCAAAAUUUGAAUGGUACUUGUAUUCAAAUUGAAAUCUUGAAUGAAAAACUUAUAAAACCAUCGUUACCAACUCCAAAUCAUCUCAAUUCCUACAAGUUAUCAUUUUUUGAUCAAAUUGCACCUAAUUUUGCUGUACCCCUUCUUUACUUCUACCCUCCAGUACCACCAGAAAACUCCCACCUACAACACGUCGAAGAAGUUCAUAAACAACUACAAAACUCACUGUCUGAAGUUCUAACCAAGUUCUAUCCACUCGCUGGAAGGUUGUCUGGAGAUGGUACUUCCAUUGAAUGUCAUGACCAAGGGGUUAUUUACUUGGAAGCAAAGGUGAAUUGUCAAUUGAAUGAAUUUCUAGACAAAGCAUACAAAGACAGUGACCUUGUUAAAAUCUUUGUACCACCUAUAAGAAUUAGGCUAGCUGAAUUGCCAAAUAGACCAAUGAUGGCAAUUCAGGCCACCAUGUUCGAACAUGGUGGCCUGGCGCUAGCCGUGCAAAUUGUCCACACAACAGGUGAUGGAUUCUCUGGCUGCGCGAUUACCGAUGAGUGGGCUAAAGUUAGUCGAAUGGAGAAAGGGAAUGAGAGAAAUUUACAAUUUCGUUCGGAUUUAGUGGAUGUAUUUCCACCUAGGGAUAAUAUUUUCGAGAUGAUUAAAAAAGGUAGGCCUAGAGGAUAUGAAAUGAAAAUUGCUACAAGAAUUUUCAUGUUUGAUGAAAUUGCAAUAUCUAAGUUGAAGGAAAAUGUGAACAAGUUUAUGAGUUAUUCAUCAAGAGUUGAAGUUGUGACUGCACUUAUUUGGAGAAGCCUUAUGCGUGUGGUGAGGUUGAGACAUGGUCACAAUAGGCCAUCCAUGCUACAAUUUGCCAUAAAUUUAAGAGGAAGAGGAUCUCCAAGAGUAGUCGGGGAAGAUCAAAACUUUUUUGGGAACUUCUACCUUGACAUUCCAAUCAAAUAUGUGUCAUCUCAUAGUAAUCAAGAUCCAGAAUUAUAUGAAAUUGUAACCUUGAUUAGGAAUGCAAAGAACAAAAUUCUAUCAGAGAUUGCAAAUGCUUCAAGUGAAGAGAUUUUCUCAAUAUUAAUUGAGUCAUUGAAUCAAAUAAGAGAAGGGUAUAAUGAUGAUGAAAUUGACCUUUAUCCAACUUCAAGUUUGUGUAAAUUUCCACUAAAUGAGUCUGAUUUUGGAUGGGCUAAACCAAUUUGGGUGAGCAGAGUAAAUGUGCCAUUUCAAAUGUUCUUCUUGAUGGACUCAAAAAAUGGGAUUGAAGCUAGAGUUUGCUUGAAUGAAGAUGAUAUGAUGAAGUUGGAAAAGGAUGUUGAUAUUGUGGAGUUCAGUUAUGUGCCAAAGUAGUAAGCAAAUUGGAGAUUCAUGUCCCUUGAUGGAAGAAUGGACUUAUUGAGUUUUACUAUGUUGAUCCUCGUGAAUCAAGCGUAUUCUAUCUUUUGUGAACGUUAAAUUUCUACUUUCUUUUGAUUUGUUUUCAUGUGUUUCAAUCUUCUUGCGGUUUAAUUGACUUUUUUUUAUUUCA